GUGACAAGUGAGUGACAGUACAUCUAAAAACAAAAAGAAGAAAAAAUAGUGAUAAAUAUAAAUAAAAUGAAUGAAGAAUUACCUUCGGAAUUUGAUAUAAUUAUAGUCGGCACUGGUUUAUCAGAAUCAAUUAUUGCUGCUGCUGCCAGCCGAAUUGGGAAAAAAGUAUUACAUGUAGACAAUAAUGAUUAUUAUGGUGAUUUAUGGGCAUCAUUCAAUUUAGAAGGGCUUCAAAAAUUUAUUGAACAAUGUAAACAAUCAGACUUGUCUAAGACUAAUGAUGAAAUACCAUCUGAUAUUGAAGAUGGAGAAAUAUUUAUUCCAGCAUAUUCUAACAAACUUAUUCAAAAUGUCGUUGAGGAAUGGUUCAUUCCUGAGAAAAGUGACUUACUAAGUGAUGCUCUUCAAAAAUGUAAACUAACUCAAACUAAUGUCGAUGGUGAACCUAAAUUUGAGGGGGAAAGUCAUGGAGACAAUGAAAAAGUAGAUACACUGGAGUCAACCGACUCAAUUCAACCUCCCGAAGGACCUCGUUAUGUACAAAAUAAUGAAUGGACACAAGAAAAAAUUAUGAAAGAUUAUAGAAAAUUUAGUAUUGAUUUAACUCCAAAGUUACUUUACGCACGUGGCUCAUUAGUCGAUUUAUUAAUAUCGUCAAAUAUUGCUAGAUAUGCAGAAUUUCGUAAUGUGAGUCGUGUAUUAACAUGGCAAGCAGAAACACAUCUUCAAGAAGUACCAUGUUCACGAUCUGACGUAUUUGCGACAAAGCAAGUAAGUGUCGUUGAAAAGCGAAUGCUAAUGAAACUAGUAAAUGAUAUUUUAAAAAGUGAUAACGAUAAACGAUGGGAGAAAGACGAAUAUACAAAAUCAUCAUUUAAAGAAUUUUUAGAAAAGUAUAAGCUAACACCAAAUGUUAUUCAUUACGUAUUGUAUACGAUGGCAGCGUCAACACGUGAAACACGAUUUACAGAUGGUUUAGUUAGGAUGAAAAAAUUUUUGAACAGUUUAGGCCGUUAUGGUAACACACCAUUUUUAUGGACUAUGUAUGGUAGCGGUGAAAUGCCUCAAUGUUUUUGUAGAUUAUGUGCAGUUUUUGGUGGAACAUAUUGUUUAAAUCGUCCAGUAAAAGGUAUAAUACUUGAUGAUAAAAAUAAUACUCAAGGUAUAUAUAUUGGAAAACAAAAAAUUAAAGCACCAACUAUUGUGAUGGGAAUUGAAAAAGCACCUGAGAAAUAUUUACUGCUUAACUUUCAAAAUGUAUCACAUUGUGUGUUUAUUAUUAACAAAUCUAUAAAAAAUUGUGAUAAAGAGAAUUUAACAUAUUUACGAUUUCCGCCAUUAAUCGGAAAAUAUCCUUGUAAUAUUAUUGAAGUUGGACCAGCCGCAAGUGCUUGCCCCAAUAACUUGUAUUUACUUUAUAUGUACAAAAUACAAGAGAAUCCAAAUAUAAAAGAAGAUUUACAACCAUACGUUUCAAAAUUAUUGAACACAGAGUAUGUGGAAACAACGGCAACUCAAAGUACUCAAACACACAAGAAUAACGAAACAUUUGAAUCUGCUUCAAUACAAAAAGAAAACACUUUACCACAAGCUUUAUGGGCAUUUUAUUACAACAUACCUGACAUGAGUUCAACAAAUCUUAAAACAAACGUGCCAAAUAAUUUUUAUCUAUGCGCGGGUCCAGAUCACGAAAUCGACUACGAAUUCGCUGUACAUCAGGCAAAAGAAAUUUUUUCUGAAAUAUAUCCAAAUGAAGAAUUCUUACCGAGGGCUCCAGAUCCAGAGGAAAUUGUAUUAGAAGGUGAGGAGACAAAUACUGAAGAAAAUACUUUAGAAGAUGAAAAUAAUGAUGGUGAUAAGAUUUCUACAACUGAAGAAAAUGUUUCCCAAGCAGAGGAAGUAACUGAAGAUUAAUUUAAUAUAAUAAAAAAUUGUUUUUACCAUACUUUUUUGUACAGAUUAAAAUUAUAAAUUUAAUGCAAAAAUUAAUAGUCACUUCGCCAUGUUCACUUCACU